GCCAUUUUGCUUUCCGCCUCAGCGCCAGCCGAGAAUCCGCGCCGUCUCUUCCUCCGCCCGGCUCGCCGCGACGAUGCUCUCCGUGCGCGUGGUGGCCGCGCUCGCCCGGGCCCUGCCCCGCCAGGCCGGCUUGGUGUCAAGGAAUGCUUUGGGCACCUCAUUUGUAGCAACAAGGAACUUCCAUGCCUCCACAACAACUCUACAGAAAACUGGCACUGCCGAAGUAUCCUCCAUUCUUGAGGAACGUAUUCUUGGGGCCGACACAUCGGCCGAGCUGCAGGAAACCGGGCGCGUGCUUUCCAUCGGCGACGGCAUCGCCCGCGUGUACGGUCUGAAAAAUGUUCAAGCGGAAGAAAUGGUGGAAUUCUCGUCCGGGUUGAAGGGCAUGUCUCUGAACCUGGAGCCUGACAAUGUCGGUGUGGUCGUCUUUGGCAAUGACAGACUGAUCAAGGAAGGGGACAUUGUGAAGAGAACCGGGGCCAUCGUGGACGUGCCCGUCGGGGUGGAGCUGCUGGGGCGCGUAGUGGAUGCGCUGGGGAAUCCCAUCGACGGAAAGGGCCCCAUCACUUCCAAAACCCGCAGGAGGGUUGGCUUGAAGGCUCCCGGAAUCAUCCCCAGGAUCUCCGUCCGGGAGCCCAUGCAAACUGGGAUCAAGGCCGUAGACAGCCUGGUGCCCAUUGGCCGCGGGCAGCGUGAGCUGAUCAUUGGAGACAGGCAGACUGGCAAAACGUCCAUUGCUAUCGAUACUAUAAUUAACCAGAAAAGGUUUAAUGAUGGAACCGAUGAGAAGAAGAAACUGUACUGUAUCUAUGUGGCCAUUGGUCAGAAGAGAUCGACGGUUGCUCAGCUGGUCAAGAGGCUCACUGACGCAGAUGCCAUGAAGUACACAAUCGUGGUUUCUGCCACAGCCUCAGAUGCUGCCCCCCUCCAGUACUUGGCUCCUUACUCCGGCUGUUCCAUGGGCGAAUACUUCAGAGACAAUGGCAAACAUGCCUUGAUCAUCUACGAUGACUUAUCUAAGCAGGCCGUGGCCUACCGUCAGAUGUCCCUCUUGCUGCGGCGUCCCCCUGGCCGCGAGGCCUACCCGGGCGACGUCUUCUACCUCCACUCUCGUCUCCUGGAAAGGGCAGCCAAAAUGAACGACGCCUUUGGAGGGGGGUCCCUGACUGCUCUCCCCGUCAUCGAGACCCAAGCCGGCGAUGUGUCGGCCUACAUUCCAACUAACGUGAUCUCCAUCACCGACGGGCAGAUCUUCCUGGAAACAGAACUGUUUUACAAAGGCAUCCGUCCAGCCAUUAACGUGGGUCUGUCCGUGUCUCGUGUCGGUUCGGCUGCCCAGACAAGGGCCAUGAAGCAGGUGGCUGGAACCAUGAAGCUGGAGUUAGCCCAGUACCGCGAAGUUGCUGCUUUUGCCCAGUUUGGGUCCGAUCUGGAUGCCGCCACUCAACAGCUGCUCAACCGUGGGGUCCGUUUGACCGAGCUGCUUAAACAAGGGCAAUACGUUCCCAUGGCCAUUGAGGAACAAGUUGCUGUCAUCUAUGCUGGGGUCAGAGGCUAUCUGGACAAGUUGGAGCCUAGCAAGAUCACCAAAUUUGAGCAGGCUUUCCUCGCCCAUGUGCUAAGCAGCCAGCAGCCCUUGCUCACCACAAUCCGGACCGAAGGGAAGAUAUCUGAGCAAACAGAAGCCAAGUUGAAGGAGAUUGUCCUAACUUUUCUGUCUACCUUUGAAGCGUAAAACCUUUAGGAACAGUUCGGGGCACCAGGAUGCCUCUGUCACUGACUGCUGGUAUUGCUUGAGUUCCCUUUUUUCCAGAGACUUAAAAAUAUGUGUGAGUUGAGUGUACAAGGUCUCACCAAAAAUGUACGGUUGGUUCCACGCUAGCCCUUGAGGACACUGUCCUCACCGCGAGGGGAUCUGGUUGACCGCUGGCAGGAUUGUGUACAAACCACAUGACAAAUAAAAAUCU